GUUGAUUGGUACGAUCAUAACAUAGUAGUACUACAUGUCAAAAUUUUCCCAAUUUAAUAAUAUACAUCGAAAGAACAUGUACUAAGUGCUUGACUCAUAAAAAAAUAAUAUUCUUGUGAUAAUUUAGUAACAUUUAUCUUAAACAUGCCAUCUUCUAGUGGUAAUAGUAAAGUUAACCCAGACCUUGUAAAGGAACGGAAAAAAUGUACAUUUAAUACUCUUGAAUUAACUCAUUUAUUGGAUGGUGGUGAAGAUAAAACUAGAGAAAGACAUAGUAGAGAAAAUUUUUUCUUAGAAGAUCCCGAAUUAAGGUCAGAAGUCCCAUUAGAAUAUUUGAGCCACAAAGAAAAAUAUGAAGAAGCUGUUAGAAAAGCUUGUAUACUUUUCAGAAAAGUUCAAGAACUUCAGAAUGAAGGAAAAGGAGGAAUGGAAAAUUUUCGAGAGAUUCUUGGUGGUCAACUAGGAUCGGCAAUUUUAAAAGAUGGCAAUCCUUUGACGUUACAUUAUGUUAUGUUUAUACCAACCUUAAUGGGACAAGGUACAGUUAACCAACAAGCAGAAUGGAUUCAGAGAGCAUGGGGUUGCGAUAUCAUCGGUACAUAUGCACAAACUGAAUUAGGACAUGGUACUUUCAUUAGAGGUCUAGAAACUAUUGCUUCUUACGAUCCACAAACAGAGGAAUUUAUUUUACAUAGUCCAACUAUAACUUCUUACAAAUGGUGGCCCGGUGGAUUGGGUCAUUCAGCAAACUAUGCCGUUGUCGUAGCCCAAUUGCAUACUCAAGGAAAAAACCACGGGAUCCAUCCAUUUAUAGUUCAAUUAAGAGACGAAGAGACUCAUAUGCCUCUUCCCGGAAUCAAAAUAGGAGAGAUAGGUAGUAAAUUAGGCAUGAACAGUACUAAUAAUGGUUACUUAGGUUUUGAAAAAGUGAGAAUUCCUAGAACCAAUAUGUUAAUGAAAAAUAGUCAAGUAUUACCUGAUGGUACCUAUGUUAAAUCACCAAGCAGUAAACUAACAUACGGAACUAUGAUUUUUGUGAGAGUGGUACUUGUACAAGAUGCAGCAACUUAUAUGAAAAAGGCAUGCACAAUUGCAACACGGUACAGUGCUGUUAGACACCAGUCCCAAAUUAAAGUAAAUGAACCUGAACCACAAAUCAUGGAUUUCCUAACGCAGCAACAUAAACUCUUUCCAAAUAUUGCUGGAUGUUUUGCCUUUCAAUAUGCUGCAAAUUGGCUUUGGGAGACAUACAACAAUGUGACAGGUGAAUUAGAAUCUGGUCAACUUGAGAACCUUCCAGAAUUACACGCAGCUGCUUGUGUACUGAAGGCUGUGUCUACGGCUGACGCUGCUCAAGGAGUUGAGACCCUAAGGUUAUCAUGUGGGGGUCAUGGUUACAUGACGUCUUCUAAUUUACCCUCAACUUAUGGCUUGGUUACAGCUAUGUGUACGUAUGAAGGUGAAAAUACUGUACUGUUGCUCCAAACGGCGAGAUUCCUCUUAAAGGUUUGGCAAAACAAACAGAAUCUGCAAAAGUUGCCGACCGUUAGUUAUUUGGAAAAUGCUUUCCGAAAUAAUUCAUCAUUCCAAAAGUCAGUUCAAUGGAUUAUUGGGGCUUUGCAAAAAACUACUGUAGGGAAAAUUGAUUUAGCCAAUAAACACAUAAAUGAUCGAGUCAGAAACGGCAUGGCGUACGAAGAUGCCUGGAAUAGCACAUCGAUUGAGUUAGUAGGAUUAGCAGAAUUACAUGGCCGUGUGAUUAUAGUGGAAACUUUCCGAAUUUCGGUAGAAAAGUGUAGAAAUCAAGUAUCUAGGGAACUAUUUGCUGUACUAGAACAACUUCUUCAACUCUAUGCAGUGAAUACUGCUCUUAGAUGCUGUGGGGAUCUAUUAAAGUACACAGAUAUGCAAGGCAAGGACGUUGAAGUGCUGCAAGCUUGGUUGGAAGAAUUGCUUAAUCAGCUGAGGCCGAACGCUGUGGGCAUUGUCGAUGCCUUUGACUUCCGAGAUGAAGUUAUAUCCUCUGCUCUCGGUUCCUACGACGGCAAUGUUUACGAAAGAUUACUAGAAGAAGCACAAAAGAGUCCGUUGAAUGCGGAGCCAGUAAAUAAAUCUUUUAAAUCAUAUUUAAAACCCUUCAUGAAAUCGCAAUUGUAAAAAGAAUUGACUAAUUGAAGAUUAGGGACCAACUUUCUUUCACUGUGUUAAAGUGUUUUUAUUAAUUUACGCAUUCCUCCAUAAAUAAAAUAUUUAUGAUUUCUGUUAUAGCCGUCCUACUUAUAUUAAUUAUUGGUGGUAGAUAAAAUUAUGAUAAAUGUCUAAAAUAUCAGUACAUGGUUGAUGCGUCUGUUUAUAUAGAAGAUAAAUGUUAAAUCCAUCCUUAUUUAUAAGCUCUCUCUAGUUUUGAAGCGGUAUAUGAAUUUUUCGCAAGUUCUAUAAGAAUUUAACAAUUAUUUAAAGCCAAACUUCACUAUUUAAUAUUGAACUUCUGUUUUAUUUUCGGAUCAGAACAAUGGGGCAAAAUAACACUUUUUUAUAGAAAAUAAUGUUUCAUAAUUACUAGUAAAGGUAUAAAUAUUUUAUUUUUUGUAUUGUGCAUAUUUUCCAUUCAGAAAAUGUUAUGUUUGCCAC